AUGGGAUUCUGGAGCUUUUCCAAUAAGCUAGUGAGUUUGUUGUUCUUGGCAGGUACUACUCUACUGCUCAUCCUGAUUGUGCUGUCAGGAGCCAUCAACGAUUACCCUGUAGACCGCUUCUACUGGGUUCAGGGUGACACUUCGAACAUCUCAGGGGCUCCUGCGCUCUCGCGCUGGACGUUCUGGGGUGUUUGCGACCGCAACAGCUCGGGAAGCACCGUCUGCUCGGACUUGUCGCCUGCAUACCCUAUUUCGCCUGUCGACAAUUUUGGCACUACCGUUAACGUUCCCUCAGACUUUGUGGACAACAGAAGCACUUUCUACUACUUGACCAGGUUCUCGUUCUGUUUUUUCUGGAUCGCAUUGGCGUUCAUCGGCAUUGCAUUCCUGCUUUACGCCAUUUCAUGGUGCUCGUACGCGUUCACCAAGGUCGUGUUCAUCCUCGUUACAGUGGGUGCCCUUGUAGACAUGGCCGCCGUGAGUUGUCAAACUGCAGCCUCCGUGAUGGCCAGAAACGCAUUCCACAAUGCCAACCUCUCUUCCGAUAUUGGCGCUAGCUUGUUUGGUAUCGCAUGGGCCAGUGUGGCAUGCUCUCUAUACUUGUUCUUUGCUACUGGUGCUUCCUUCAUUAAGAGAGCCUACCAAUCUCACAAGGAAUUCGUUGAAAUGCAAAAAUACAAGGAACAAGCCUUGAUGUAUCAGGGAAAGCAAGAGGCACUUGCACCAACUGAUGUCGCCGAGUCCUACGGCAUGAACGAAGAUUUGGAACACAACCAAGCCGCUGUCAUCUCCGAGCCUCAACCUCAGGAGUCUCAUCACAGCGGUAUCAAGUUUUUCAAGAUUAGAAGAACCCAGCAACCAGGUGAUCAGGAGUCUGUUUGA